AUGGACUCCGAACCAGAGGUGACUGAGCAGGAGGAGGAUGGCCCGCCAGACUUCAAGCAGGUGGCAGUCACUACUGUGUUUUGCGUGCGUUUGAAUCGACGCACCUGGUUUCCUGAAACUCAGGUAGUUGAUGGGGUCACCUUCGCUACCUUCAGCAAGUGGGACUCCGCUUUGUGCAAAUUGGUUCAUCGAAAAGCCCUGAACCGCCAUAAAGCGAAAUCUACCAUGAGCCUUUCGUGCGAAUGGUGGGAUUGUGUUUCUGAGCUUCGCACUGACGCACGCAACCGCGCUUUGCAUGAGAAUCUCAUGAAGUCGGUGGAAGCAGGAGAGAAACCUCCACGACUCCGCCCAGCGCGUGAUGAAGACCGCUUUUUGGUUGCCAAGAGUGUGGCGAUUGAGCUUCCGCCAAUUGUAGAUGGUGAGGGUGAGGGGCACGCGUGUCGCUGCCUUUGGAAAGUGAAAUCGAAAGACAUUCACAUCGAGCUCACCAAUGAGAACGUGGCGCAUGUGCUGGCUUCUUUGGCGUGUUCGCCGCCGGCCGAGAAGAAGAGGAAGGAGAAACCUAUUAAGGCCUCUCCAAAGCGGAGAAGACGCGUGAAGCGCCGGGUGUCCGAAGAGAUGCCUGUAGCUGAAGCUAGCGGUAACGAUGAGCCAGAGGCUGCAGGUUGA